AUGAAACAAUUCGCCAUUCUAGUGUGCUUGUCGUGCGCGGUGCUCGUCGCCGCCUCAGCUCCGCAGGGCUACAAGUAUCAGCAGCCCGCGCUGCAGGCUGGCAAUCUGCGUCCGCAGACGCCGUUGUCGGCAAGUGGAAUAUACAACGUGCCCGCCCAGCAGCCCGGCUUCAACAAUGUCGUGGAGGCACCUUUGCCACAGCCCCAGGCGCAGGUCUACCAGCAGCCCCAAAUCCAGCAACAAUUUGUGCCUUCUCCGCCCCAGCAGCAGUUUGUUCCAACUUAUUCGCAGCCCCAGAUCCAGGCCCCAAUCCAGCAACAGCAGCAGCAGUUCGUGCAGUCGCAGUAUGCGCAGCGCCCCUCGAUUGUGACCAAGGAUAUCUAUAUACACUCCGCUCCGGAUGACACCGAGGAGCUGCAGUCGGUGCCUCAGUUGGAUAACACGCCCAUUCGCAAGAAUUAUCGCAUUGUGUUCAUCAAGGCGCCGACGCAGAAUCUGAAGCACACGGCCGCCGCACUGAAGCGCGCCCAGGCCAGCAACGAGGAGAAGACCGUCAUCUAUGUGCUGUCCAAGAAGCCCGACAUCAACGAGAUCCAUCAGCAUCUGCAGCUGUCGCAGAACGAACCAAAGGUGCACAAGCCCGAGGUCUACUUCAUCAAGUACAAGACCACGGAGGAGGCACAGCGCGCCCAGCAGGAGAUCCAGGCCCAGUACGAUGCUCUGGGCGGUGCCACACACAUCUCGGACGAGGGCGUCGCUCCCAUCUCCAGCUUCUCCGGCUCCGGCUCUCUCAAUCUGGGCAACAUUGUGCCGCAGCACAUCCAGCAGCAGGUCCAGUCCCAGUCCCAGAGCGUGGGCAUCCAGCAGCAGAACUUCCAGUCCGGCGGCGGCUUCCAGUCCGGCGGCGGCUUCCAGUCCGGCGGCGGCUUCCAGAGCGGCGGCAGCUUCCAGAGCUCGGGUCUGCAGAGCUCCUCCCUCUCUUCGGCCACCAACUUUGGCGUGAAUGUCCCAUCCAAGCGCUACAUUCCAGCCAAGACAAAAUAA